UUCGCGCAAUAAUAUACAAUAGAGCACUAUGCAAUAUCUUUUUACAAUUUGGACAUUGAACAAUUUAUGGUUUUUAUAGGUGAUGCUCUGUGUGAUAAAUUAAGUAAUAAGUUGUUAGUGUAGGACUUUUCAAUAAACUGCAAAUUGCAAUGAAAUGUCAAUUUUAAAGUAAUAAUUUUGAUAAAACAGUGGGGCUGGUGGACCAUUACCAGGGUGGGUUCCUAUUUUCAACAAAAUAAAAAUAUAAAGACAUUAUAUUUUCUCUACUCAACAGCAACAAUUCAAUAUUUAUAACAGUUCAUCGAUCAAGUCUUCCUUGCUUUUAUAACGAUCAGCUGAUUCCGGAUUCAUCGACGGGGAAUCGGAUGAUAACGCACAAUCAAGACAAAUAAACAAAGGAUAAUCACUAGAAUAGAAUAAAAUCUACUGAGAACAGAACCCUAAGGAUGCACACACAUAUAGACUAAUCUUGAAAUAAUGAGCUCAAUAUGAAAUCGCCUCUAAAUCAAUUUCGGAGAUAACCAUAGUUCUGGAUCAAAGUCGCACUUUGAAGAAGGAAGAGUGGUCUUAGGUAUGAACCUUGAGGAACACUCAUUGUCCAAGUGAAUGCCCUGUAGAAAGCUGGAGGGAUGUAUGCUGCGGCAGGAGGCGCCUCUCUGGCCUCAAGACAAGCCAGGAGGAACGUCAAGAAGCAACACAGCAGCACGGAUGUGGUUCAUCAGCAGUUUCAGAAACGUUUCAAUCAGCUGCAGGCUCAGCAUGCACCGGCCUCAGCAGAUCAUUACAACGCUCGUCAGCACGAGCAGCUUCUGGGCAAACUGCCGGAGAACUGUCGCCACUUUGAGCUCAAAGAACCAUUCCCCUUAAGAGGCCACGAGGACCCGCACCUCCUCAGGACUGCUCCUAUAGGUCUGCACUCGCGACUCCCGAGCUAUGUCGAUCUCAACGGACGCAUUACGGGGUUCGGUAGUUGUGACCUGUCCGAGGGUAAAGCCGCCACAGCAUGGUCCGAGCGCGAGAGACGUACAUCAGCCUCGGAGUGUGCCACGAGCCACCGCACCAAGCAGCGGGAGGCGCAUGGCAGAUGGAUGAAAAGAAACAGGAGGAAGGGGCUCCAGGCCACUCCAGACAUGCGUAAAGUACGCCUGGUGUUCCCCAGACAACCCGCUGCUGUGGUCAGGAGGAUACGUCGCAGGAAUACUCAUGUGGUACAAGAAUCAGAUGAUGAUAUCCACGACUCCUCCUUCGGCGGGAGCAGCUCAGAGGACGAGGACCUUCCCGGGGGCCUGUACGGCCACCAGAGUGCCGCGGCCAACGCCCUCCUGUACGUCGGCCUCGGGACGGUCGCCAUCGGGCUGGUCAUCGCCUUCGUGGGUACAGGGGAGAAGGGGUUCAAAACCCUGGAGCUUCGCUUGAUCGGCCCGACGCUCAUCGGAAGUGGGGUGCUGUGUUGUCUUGUACGUAUCUUCCUGUGUGUGUGUCCCACACGUUGCCUGAGACGACGGUUUCGUCACAGACACAGACGCAAACACCAGUCGGCCGGCGCGCAGCUCAACCGCCACGGCUUCCAGUCCGACAAGUGCACCGACUACUACAGACACUUGCCGUACAACAGAGCGGCGCAAGACUUCAUGCUGGAGCAGCCCAAGAAGAACAAGAAAAGGGUUUCCAUCAUCCCCGCCGGGCAGUCUGAGAAGGUCCUCUCUCCGCCACGGCAGAUCCCCCAGAUCAAUGUCCCUAGUUUCGUCAGUUCACCCGACAAGGACAAUCUGAUAGAGCUCACAAAGUUGGGGAACAGUUUGGAGGACAUGCACAGCAUUUCGAGCGAGGACUCUUUUAACGAAAACCUUCUGCUGGCGGAGAAAGACAAGGACGCUGCCAGCGCGGAGCGUCUCGCUCGGUUAAAGUCGACGCUCACAUUUGAUGACCCGGAAUUGCACGAGGUGAACCGAACGGUUACGAGGAUAGACGAAGAGGACUCGGAACUGCUCGAAGACAGCGCCCCCACCUCGCCAAUGCUAGCGGCUGAGUCGCACGAACUUGUUCUCAGCCCUGCCAAAUUGCAGAGUGGCGAUUAGUUUCGUCCCUCUUUGGAAUCCAAAAAUACUUGUAUACUUUGGGUUAGUCAUUAACUGUAGAAAAAUUACAUGCAACAGUUAUAUUUUUUACGUUUUAUGUAUUUAAAUUUGUUGUGUUUUAAUGCAGUAACUACCAAACAUAUUGUAUGUCAAGUUAAAAUAAGAAACUCUUAAGUAGUUGUAAAACAAGAAUCUAAUGGAUAACUGCAUAAAGUUAAACUGUAAUAUAUUAUUUAUUUAUAUAGAAUUUCAAUAUUCAUGUUGUUUAUUUUUUGAUAAAGUAUUAAAUUGAUAAUAAUAAAUUACAUUUAUGAUUAAGUAUUAAAUAAUAAGUUUAUUCCAUGAUUCAGUACCAUACAAUGUUGGUAUUUUUUUAAUGUUAAAAUACUUUUAUAAUAUUAAUACUGUUGUAUUUUGAUUGAAGAAUUAAUAAUAUUAUUUAAUGCAUGAUUCAUUACUUUCAUAUUCCGACCAUGGUAAUAUUUCCACUAAAGGCAUUUAAUCUGUAUAAUUCUACCUAAUUUACUUUUUUAUUAAAUAUAAGUCUUACAGGGUGCAGGUGAACAUAUUUCAUUUAUUCACAGAGUCAAUUAUCAUGAUUCUGAACAACUGUUAUGCCAUAUGUAAUGAUUUAAGUGGUUUAAGGAUAAAUUACUGUUUUUGUGCCUUAUGUAAAUGUGUAUAAUAAAAUAUGUUAGAUUACACCAAAUAGUUUGUUACAUUUUACAACAAAUUGGUUCAAAAUUUCAAUUUCAGGUGUAAGUUUCUUGUAAAAUAUAAUUUUACCAACAGUUUAUACUUAUUAUUUGCACUGAUUGUUCUUAGAUGGUGCUGUUGUGUGUACAUCUUGUUCAAAUGUUUCGUAUUAUCGAGUUUUAAUGUUUAUUUUAAACAUUGUGUAUGCCUCCUUUUUUGGCAUAUAAUAAAUAAAUAUAUUUUGAUAAUAUUAGAAUGUUCUGAUAAAUUAAUUUUUAAUAAAACCUUAUACACGUUAUUUUUGGAUUCCAAAGUGUAAACAUUGUUUUAAAUGUGAAAUCAACGGAGCUUUUAGAAUAGAAUGUUUCUUUUACCAUUUUUAGGACAGAAAUGCUUCCAUAUUGUUUCAUUUUUCAUCGAAAAAGGCGAUAUUCAUUUCACAGACAUUUAUUAAGUUGUCACAUGUUGAAAUCAGAGUGUAUUUUUUGUAAUCCGUGAUUGAUUUUCCAAAUCAAAUAAAUCUGUCCAUAGUUUUAAGUAGCCUAAGUUAUUUAUAAUGUUUUGUAUUCAAAUAAUUUACGAAUUACAUCCAAAAGCUUAUGAAUUACAUUAAUUCUAGUGGUCAUUACAUUUUUAAAAGAGGUAUAUGUAGAACUUUAAAUUGAAUAUUAGGGCUGAGAAAAUUUAUCUUUAAAUGUAUCUGAUUUUAUUACAUUGUGAUUAAAUAGUACAGAACAUUUUAUUUCAAAUCAAGUCUGAACAAACCUCAACUCAAUAAAAACCAAAUAGACAGUAAGCUUGAGUUUAUCAGUUUCAUUAUGUUAGCCAUUAAUUUUAAUUAAACAAUUUUGUACCUAACAAUGGUGAGUGAAAAAGACAACACUGUGUAGAACUAGACUACAUGAGACAACAAUCAAAAGAAGCUCGUCACUGUAAACAUUAAAACAGGUUUUUAUUACUCAAAAUAACAAGUUCUUAAUGUUUUUACUUUAUGUAUUUUACUAUUUAUAUCAAAAACCAUGUAAAAAUGAAAGUGCUACUAUGUUGCAAUGAACACUCCUCUGUAGCAAAGUGUAAAAUACUCUGUCUCUGACUGGAAGUACGGUUCUCAGACGGGAGAAGGGUAGGUUGAUAAAAGUAUACUUGGUGGGUUCGAACUACUGUUAUUAACUAAAGACCCCACAGCAUUAAAAUAAUUAAAAAAAUAUUUUCAUCUAGUUUUAAAAUUAAAAUAAAGUACCAUUACUUAAUUGUGAAUCUGCUACACUAAAUAUAAAUCAAGUAGAACUAAAAAGAUACAAUUCCAAAAACACGAGUCUGUAAAAUUUUAAACUAGACAGUUUAAAUCAUUUUAAAUUCAUACCUAAUUUGACCAAAAAUUAUAAGUGUAAUUAUUUUUAUAAAUAGUCUAAUAAUGUGAUUGGUGGUAAAAAAAAGACACUGAUGUAAUAUAAAACAAAAUAAAUUUUAGAAUUAGAUUUAAAAAAACCCUGUCUUACCUUUCUUAUUCCUUUCAUAAAAUGCGAGUAUUCAUUUUACAAGGAAGGAGUACGCCAGACCAAACCACAUGUUGCGGUUAUAGAGCCAAAUGUCUGACAAUCUUUUGCCAUUAAGUUGCACAUAAUUUUAAUAGCUAUUUUUGCUAGAGAAGGAUUUGAUUGAGGUUAUGUUUAGAAGUGGAAUUAUAAACACAUAUACCAUAGGAUAUGUUUAUGAAUAAAUUAAAUGUAAAUUGGUUUAGUUACCUAAUUUUGUCAUUCUACCUAACACGUACAGAUGAGAAUUUCUUUAAUGUCAUUUUUGUGUGAUUCGUCCAACUUAAUGUAUUGUAUUGUUAAUAAUUGAACCUAGAAAUUUUGUAGAGUCAAUUUGUUCUAUGAUUUGUGUGUUAAUAUAUUGUGGGAUUCAAAGGAACUCUAGCUAGCCUAAUUCAAAAAUAAAUUAAUUAAGUUUUAUUUAUUUUUAAAAUCAUGCUUUGUUGUUAAAUAAAUUUUGUAAAUUUAAAACGGUUCCAGAUGAUACAAAUCCAAUUUUCAAAUUUCAAGAUUUGUUCGAAAAAACACAUCAGCGUAAUCAGCAUAAACACAAAUUUUGCUAUUACCACUGUUUCAAAUUACAAAAAGAAAUGUUGGUCUCAGGAUCGAACCCUGAGAGAUUCUAUAAAGAAUGUUUUUUAGUGAAGAUGUAUAAUUUUUAUAAUAUAUACUUUCCUUAUGAAUAACUUCAACAUACUGCUUCCUAUCACAUAAGUAGGAACAACCAAUUUAAUUCUUCACCCUGUAUUCUAUAGUAAGAAAGUAUUUCUAAAAGUUUACUGUGACAUACACUGUCAAGUCACCGGUCAAGUGACAUAGCACUCAGGUCCAUGAAUACUCUGACAACGUGUUCUCUCUGUCUACGGCAUUUAUGAUUGUCUGAAUAAAAUUCACUGCAACUGUAAUAGUAGACUUUUCAGGUCUGAAACCGUGUUGAGAUUGUCUAUUAACUGAUAUAUUCUAGAAAUUCCAAAAUCUGUACAUAAACAACACGUUCAAAUAUUUUUGAAAAAGCUAAAAGUAAAGAAUUUGGCCAGUAACCAGAGAUUUAAUUACGAUCCUUUUUUUUAAGUUUGAAUGAUCUUUACUAUGUUAAGUUUUGAUGGAAACAAAUCAAAUACUAGGGAAGAGUGUAUUAAAUGGGUUAUUGGUUUUAUUAUGUGUUGUUUGACAUGUUUUAUUAUGGUCAUAGGAAUGUCAUCAAAAUCUGGUGAAUGUUAUUGUCAUAGGAUAAUAUUAUUUUGUCAACUUUUAGGCAAGUUACAGAUCUGAACAUAAGUGUGUUAUUUUUAUUUGCUGCCAUUGAAUGAAUAUUGACCGGAGAUAUGGAGAGGUUUGGCACUACUUCCCUGUCAAUUACAUUAACAAAUUAAGUAUUGAAUAUAUCUCAUUGUUCAGAACAACUAACUAUUAUUUUCAAUUUUUUUAUCUUUAGAUUUACUAGUGUCAGUGAUUUUUCUCCUACUUUAAUGUAUAUAAUUCUCCAUGUGGUCUUAUUGGGAUUACAUGAAUUUUCUAUUUAUAAGUCA